AAUACAUAUGUACAUGUUAAGACAGCUUUAACAGUAACUGAAAACCAUACUAUAUUCUGUCUUUUGAAAUGUGUCUUCCCUCCUAAAUGUCCAAGUGGGUGUGUAAUACAGUAUUGAUGGAAAAUGAAAGUGUUCUCAUAUCUACAACUGACUCUCCGGUAUACUUUCCUGGGACCAGCAGUCAGACGCGUAAUGGAACCUUUGAUUCACAAAGUCUGUUUGCUAACUUUCCUCGUCGUCUUCGAUGCCACUUCAUCUGUUGCAGACCUCAGCCUCAUGGUCCCUCCUGACCCUGUAGUGGCCUCUGCUGGGGAUGACAUCAUCCUUCCCUGUAAUCUCUCUCCUCAAAGUAGUGCUGUUGACAUGGAUAUCAGGUGGUUUAAGGAGGGAGACUUCACUAACCCCCUGUAUUUGUAUAAGAGCAGAACGGGGGAAGAGGGGGAGGGCUAUAAGGGCAGAGUGAGUCUGCUCACCCAGGAGCUGGAAAGAGGCAAUUUAUCGCUGCUGUUGAAGAAUGUCAAGGUGUCAGAUAAGGGACGCUACAAAUGUCAGGCCAGCCGCUUGGAUUGGAUCCAGGAACCAGCCGUUGUGCUACAAGUUACAAAGCAGGGCAGUGUCCCCAGGAUCUCCAUGAGGAAGCACCACAGAGUUUUCAUCCAGCUCAGCUGCAGCUCAGAGAACUGGUACCCAGAGCCUCACAUGCUGUGGACGGACAGGAGUGGGAAGGAGAUCACCUCAGCAGAGACAGAGAGACCCAAACAGAAGGAGGGGGGUAUCCUGUACUCCAUAACCAGUCACCUGAGAAUAAGGAUGGACCAACUGGAGGGGGUCACAUGUGCGGUGAUGUCAAAGGGCAAGGGAACCAUUCUAGAAUCAGCAUUACAGCAGAUGACUGAAGAGUUCUUCCUCAGCAGUAUGCCUGACCGGGUCUACAUAUCUGCAUUUAUUAUUCCUGUUUUUUUGGCACUGGUGUGCAUCACUGCAUCUAUGCUCUAUGUCCUCCACCAGAGAAGAGCUCUUCAGGAAAAACUGAAGCCGAUGAAUGGCGUGAAGACAAAGUUAAAAGAGACAGAAAACGAGAAAAUCCAGUGUCUUGCAGAACUCAAUGAAAAGGACAAGUUAAUGGAAAUAACUGGAACGAUUCCGGAUGCAGUUUGGACCUUAAUGUUGCAUCAUCUUGCAGAUGUGACUCUGGACCCUGACACUGCACACCCCAGACUCACAGUAUCUGACAAAAACAAGUGUGUUAAGUUUGGAGACCUACGGAAAGAAAGCAGAACUGAGAAGAGGUUUGAGGAAAUACGUUGUGUCUUGGGAGUGAAGGGAUAUGAUACAGGUAGACAUUACUGGGAAGUUGACCUGGGGGAGAAGACUCAGUGGAGUGUUGGAGUCGCCCAGGACCCAGAGAACAGAGGUUCAAACAUCCAAAUGAUUCCAAAGAAUGGCUACUGGAGCAUCCGUUUGGAUAAUGGAGUAUUGAAAGCAGUUGAACAGUCUUUGAAAGUCCUUCCCAUUGAACUGAAACCUUUGAGGCUGGGGGUGUUAGUGGACUACGAGGGGGGAAAUAUAGUAUUUUUCAAUGUUGAGAAGAAAUGCCACAUCCACUCCUUCACCGGAACAUUUACCAAGAAACUCUAUCCAUUCUUUGGUCCUUUGUUUGAUUGUAAAAAGGAACUUAAAAUCUCACAAGAUAUAACCCUUCAAGCUGAGAAGUGAUCCUGUCGGGCCAUAGCAUUGUUUGUUUAAUAUUUGGUUACUACUGCCUGUGGUUUUAUUAGUACUCUAUUACUCCACAACUCCCCGUUUUCAUUAGUAGUCUAAAACCCCACAACUAUCUGUGGUUUUAUUAGUACUCUAAUACCUCCAAAACUAUCUGUGGUUUUAUUAGUACUCUAAUACCCCCAAAACUAUCUGUGGUUUUAUUAGUACUCUAAUACCCCAAAACUAUCUGUGGUUUUAUUAGUACUCUAAUACCUCCAAAACGAUCUGUGGUUUUAUUAGUACUCUAAUACCACAAAACUAUCUGUGGUUUUAUUAGUACUCUAAUACCCCAAAAUUAUCUGUGGUUUUAUUUGACGAUGGGGAAAACAGCUGAUGCACAGAGUGCAAUGCGGAUUAUCUUCCAUUGUUUGAGCAUUUAUUUAGCUUUGUGAAGAUUGAGUUACUUUAAUCUUUUUCUUCUUCUAUCCCACACUGAUCUGAGCGAUGAGAGAUGUGACGUUUUCCCCUUUUUUUAUAGCUGUAUUAUUUCUAAUGUUUUAGAUGUAACUGUUUUGAUUCUGUAUAUACUCAUUACUGUAAAGUGAGACAAUAUCAUUUGCUAUAAUGAUGUAUCGACUAAUGUAUUCCAUUUUGUCAAAUUCAUUUGUCAUAUUAAUAUUUUGUCAUGUUCAAAUCAUAGAAUGACUUUAUAUUCCAGACUGAUUGAACUAACAUGUUGUUAGAAAUAUAUGUAAUGAUAAUAUGGACACACUAGAUCUUACACUGGAUAGGCUUCACAGGGUGAAUAUAUUGUGUCCAGUCUCUGGCUAACUAGCUUGCAUUGUUGGUCAUUGUAAAGAUAUCAUUUUUUUUGUGAUGGAUGAUUAUUAAACUUGUCAAAACAACUACAUAAAAGCCAAUAGAAUGUAGUUGUUUAUCUCAAUCCUAGUCAUCAAUAGAUCUAUAGAUCUACAUCCACAUACCAAUAAGAUAUGGUAUUUUUCACAAAUCAACAGCUUCACAAAUCGAAUGCUUGUUUAAUGUCACAAGCAACAAACUACUGAAAUAAAAAUGUAUAAUACAGUAAUAAAGAAUAUGGAACACAA